AAUACAACCCCUCAAUAAAACCCCUUUAAAUCCUCACAACAUACACACACAACACACACAUACGCCAUUCUCUUCGUAACGGCGAUGGAGAGGAAAAUCCCUGAAAUCCCCUAUUCUCCAGCGUACCAGACGCCUGAAAAUUUCUUGAACCCUCAUUACCAACGCUUUCUUUCCGCUGAAAACCACCCGCAGAGUCCAUUGAUCAAAGACUGACCCUGUUCCCCGAUUUCGGUUCUCAUGGCCAAAAGCCGUCGUUUAUCAGUCGUCCGGCAACCCUUGAUGCUGUACCGGAGGUUGAAUCAGUUCCUUUACCAAUGGCUUUUGGAGAAAGACAGCAGGCUGUUUUUUGGGCUCAGUCGCAAAGUAACAAUGGUGGAGUCAAUGGGCCUUUCGGCUUUUUUGGGGCCCACCAGGAUAUCCAUGUGGACCCGGAUGCAAUUGGUUUUCUUGGGAGAGGCCCAUAUGUUAAUGGUGGUGAUCACCCCCUGAAAUCGAUGAAGUAUCCUCAAAGACAAGAUUUUUACAGUGCUACUUGUGAUUAUAAUGACUUGUCUUUCUUGCAUGGCAAGGAACCAUCUUCAAGAAAAGGCAACACCCUUUUCCCAGUUUUAUCCUCGGCCCAGAAAAGCAAUUUUUAUAGUUCCACUCAUUUGUACAGUAACCAGCACUUGCACCAGUGGCAGCAACAGUUUACUCUUGAAAACAUGAGGGGAAGAAUAGUUACGUUAGCAAAAGAUCAAGUGUGGAGUGGUAUGCUGAAUUUGAAACUUGAAGAGGGGGUGAGUGAGGAAGAAAUUGAGAUGGUUUUACCGGAGGUGAUGGAAUUCUUAGGUGAUUUGAUGAGGAAUCAGUUUGGGAGUCAUUUUGUUCAGAAGCUUUUUGUGGCAUGCAAUGAGAAUCAGAGGACUAGGAUCAUUAUGGCCCUCACGAAAUUUCCAUUUAAGCUCAUUAGUAUUUGUCUCAAUUCAUAUGGGGCUAGAGCAAUACAAAAAUUGUUGGAGAAGCUAAUUACACCUCAACAAAUAUCGUUGGUCGUUUGGGCUUUAAGCCCUGGUGCUAUUGCGUUGGCCACUGACCCCAACGGCCAGCAUGUUAUACAGUACUGUGUUAAGCAAUUCCCCGGGGAAUAUAAUAAGCAUCUUUUCAACGAGAUAGCAAACAACUGCUUUAAAAUUGCAACCAACAAAAGUGGAUGCUGUGUGCUACAAUCAUGCGUGGAAAACUCUCUUGGAGAAGUAAGAGAGCAAUUGAUAAAUGAGAUAAUAGAAAAUGCUGUGGGACUAGCUCAAGAUCCUUAUGGCAACUAUGUCGUGCAACACCUACUCGGAAUGAGAAUACAAGAAGUCACGACAGAUCUCCUGAAACAAUUCAAAGGGUGUUUUGCGCCUCUCUCCUGCAAUAAGUAUGCGAGUAAUGUGGUGGAAAAAUUUCUGUUAGAAUCAGGAGAAAAUAACUCUGAAACAAUUAUCAUGGAACUGCUGAAAAGUCGUAGUGCCCCAAGGCUUCUUCUUGAUCCUUUUGGGAACUUUGUCAUUCAGUCUGCAUUGUCAGCAUCAAAGGGACACACCCGUGAUGCUUUGCUUAAGUUGAUCCAAGUUAACGAACGGUUGAUGCAAAGCAACCUUUAUGGGAAGAAGAUCCUUGCUACCCUCGAAAAGAGGAAGCUCCAAAAAGCCUAGACGUGGAUAAAUCAAAGAUGGUCAUAACAGGAGAGCCAAGACGUGUAUAAAUACCUUCUACCUGUUUUGGUAUUAUCUGGCUAUGAGAAGAUACUCAUGACGGUAGGUCUGUUCAUAACUCUUCUUCCUAUUUGCAAGUACUGCAUAUUUCCUGAUGUAAAUCUACCUUUUUUAACUGUGAACUCAACUAUACAUAGAAUGUUGUACUAGAAAUAACCACUUAGGAAGCUGUUGGAAUAUCUAAAGCUGCAAGAGCAUUUCAUUCGAAUUCUCUUGCAGACGUAUGCUACGAUGUGCUCUCGAACUGGUGUAUGUUGAGUUAAUCAUAUGUUGUUGUCACGACUUUAGCGCUAAUAUCAUCACCUACCCCGAAUGUUAGAACUAUUCCCUUUUUUUUUUUU